AUGGCAGAGAGCUUUACCGUUCCCCACAAGACCUCCCUGCCUGAGGGCAUCCGAGCAGGCACGGUGCUGAGAAUCCGAGGUUUAGUCCCCGCCAAAGCUGGCAGGUUCCAUGUAAACCUGCUAUGCAGCGAGGGGCAGGAUGCUGACGCUGCGCUGCAUUUCAAUCCUCGGAUGGACAGCUCCGAGGUGGUUUUCAACACCAAGGAGCAAGGCGCCUGGGGCCGCGAGGAGCGCGGCAAAGGUGUUCCCUUCCAAUGCGGGAAACCCUUCGAGGUGCUCUUCAUCACCACCGACGAGGGCUUCAAGGCGGUGGUCGGGGACUCCGAAUAUCACCUCUUCCGGCACCGGUUGCCGCUGGCGCGCGUGCGCCUGCUGGAGGUGGGCGGAGACGUGCAGCUGGAGUCGGUGCGAGUCUUCUGA